AGGGACUGACGACUCUCUCUUAUGACGCUCUCUUGGUUCUCCAUCAUUCCUUUGAACAACUGACUUUUUUCAUCUUAACAUCUCAUGUAUGAACAGACUUUACAACUUAUGUGGCAGUGCCACUUUCUCAUGAAUUCUGACAACCCAGUAAAUGGAUAUGCUGAUGCCACUUUACAGGAGUCUCAGAGGGCUUGCCCAGUCCCACAAACAUUAGGUUUGUGCCCUGGCACCACCACUUAAUUCCCCAAAUCUGGUGCCUUCCACACCAUGGUUUUCUCACCAUCCCUGCCCGAUCUCCCCCCACCGGCUCCUGAUCCUACCCCAUCCCUGCCAACACCAAGUGUCUGUGUUCUUAAGCCCUGAGAUUCUGAAGUGAUGGAGGAGACAGGAGCCAUUUAAGGACAAAGGACAAGAGAUGCUUUUUCCUUCUGGGGAUAAAUCUAAGUCGCGUUUUAAAACAUUAUUCCUCUGUCCGAGAAAAUGAAGUAGGGGACCUAUAAACAGUUGCCCUAGUACUGAGUUCCUCCUAUGCAAUGACACUGUUUGGACACUUUGCACUUUAUCUCAUUUACCCUGUAAAGGGAGGCCCUAUUAUCUUCACAAUACAAAUGAGUCUACACCAGUUUAGAAGGGAGGGUGGUGCCUGGGUUGCUCGGUCGAUUAAACACCCAGCUCUUAGUUUCGACUCCGGUCACGAUCUCAUGGUUCAAGGGGUUCGAGCCCCAUGUCGGGCUCCGUGCUGAUAGUGCAAAGCCUAAUUGGGAUUCCCUCUCUCCCCCUCUCUGCCGCUCCCCUGCUCACUCUCUCUCAAAACAAACUUCAAAAAAAAGUUUUUUUAAAGAAGAGAGAGGGCUGCUAUUUAGCUAACUUUUUCAUGUUUAAUUACUCUGUCUCUCACAUCCCUAAAACGAAAAUGAACCAAAGUGUCACGGGAAAUGUUGGCGCAGUGUCAUCCGAGAAAACGAAGAAUAAGUAGAAGGGACCGGCAGUCCCGGAAGGUCCGCCUUCUGCAGUUGCCAGGCAACAAAGGUAAACAGCGAAAAGUGGCAGGAUCAUGGCCACCAACUACAGUGCAAACCAGCACCUCCAUUCAGACUAGUCACGUUUCAAGUGUCCACUAGCCACAUGUGGCUAGUGGCCCAUGUUGAACAGCACACAUGUAGACCAAGAGUACAUCCCUUCUACAUAUGAAAAAGCUUUCUCACCCAAGUAUCUGCAGAACUGGUCUCCCGCCAAGCCAACAAAAGAGAGAAUCUCUUCCCACGAAGGCUACACUCAGUUUAUCGCCAAUGAUCGUGGCCAUCUGCUGCCCUCGGUGCCCCGUUCCAAGGCAAGUCCUUGGGGAUCCUUCAUGGGCACCUGGCAAAUGCCUCUGAAGGUGCCCCCCGCCCGGGUGACCCUGACCUCCCGUACAGUGGCUGGUGCUGCCUCCCUCACCAAGUGGAUACAGAAAAAUCCGGAUUUACUCAAGGCCUCCAACGGGCUGCGUCCUGAAAUCUUCGGCAAGCCUCACGACCCAGACAGUCAGAGGAAACUCGGGAAGUGGAUCACAAAGACCGUACAACAAGCACCAAGUCCCAUCAUAAUCCCAAACUCCCCAGCUGUAAACCUCAGUUCCCCAGACCAACCCCAAAGCUCACACCCCUCUGCAGGUCACACUCCAGGCCCCCAAAGCCCAGCCAGCUCUCCCAAGAGCCCACCUGGAAGCCCACGCAUGCCGGAGCAUUGGGCAGGUCCUAAUUUAGCUGAGGUCCAGACGUACAAACCUGGAACUCCGGAGACACCCAGGGACCCUACUGAGAAAACCUGUCUGGAGACCGAGUGAAGGAAGCAAGACCCCUGGUGAGGGAUAUAGAACGGGGAAAUUUCAGGGUGGGAAUAAAGGUACGUUUGGAAAAUAAACAUCAUUUUUUGAAUCUUU